AUGAUUAGCGCCUUCUUCAUCUAUAACCAGAAGGGUGAGGUCCUCAUCUCACGCCUCUACCGCCAGGAUCUCAAGCGCUCGAUUGCAGACAUCUUCCGUAUCCAGGUCAUAUCCAACACGGACGUGCGCUCACCCAUCAUCACCUUGGGUUCGACCUCAUUCUUCCACGUCCGCCACGAGAAUCUCUAUAUCGUCGCCCUCACAAAGUGGAACGCCAAUGCCGCCCUGAUCUUUGAAUUCUGCUAUCGGGUCAUCAACGUCGGUCGCUCGUACUUUGGCAAGUUUGACGAGGAGGCUGUCAAGGCCAACUUUGUCCUCAUCUACGAGCUGCUCGAUGAGGUGUUGGACUUUGGAUACCCGCAAAACAGCGAGGCAGACACGCUCAAGAUGUACAUCACCACCGAGUCCGUAAAGUCCGAACGGGCGGUCAUGGAGGAUUCGGCCAAGAUCACCAUCCAGGCAACAGGAGCAACAUCCUGGAGAAGGAGCGACGUCAAGUACAGGAAGAACGAGGCCUUUAUCGAUGUCAUCGAGUCUGUUAAUUUGCUCCUCAGUGCUCAAGGAAAUGUUCUCAGGGCAGACGUCGCAGGACAGAUCAUGAUGCGAGCCUAUCUCUCAGGAACACCCGAAUGCAAGUUUGGACUGAACGACAAGGUGCUCCUGGAGAAGGAUCCUUCCAACCGCAGGAAAACAUCCAACACUGUCGAGAUUGACGAUUGCCAGUUCCACCAAUGCGUCAAACUCGGAAAAUUCGACAGCGAUCGCACUAUCAGCUUUAUCCCUCCCGAUGGCGAGUUUGAGCUCAUGAGGUACCGGACAUCGGACAAUAUCAACCUCCCAUUCAAGGUCCAUCCCGUUGUCACUGAGAUUGGAAAGUCCAAGAUCGAAUACAGGAUCUUGGUGAAGGCCAACUUUUCGCCCAAACUGUACGCCAACAACGUGGUGCUCAAUAUCCCAACACCACUCAACACUGCAGGAGUUACAUGCACGGCCACGUCAGGCAAGGCCAAAUACGUACCAGCAGAGAAUUCUAUUAUCUGGAAGAUUCCACGCUUCCAGGGACAGUCUGAGUUUACGCUGACGGCCGAGGCCAACUUGACGGCAAUGACGCACAAGAAGGCGUGGUCGCGACCCCCGAUCUCGAUGGACUUUCAAGUACUCAUGUUCACAUCUUCAGGACUGCUGGUUCGGUUUUUGAAGGUCUUUGAGAAGAACAACUAUCAGUCUGUCAAGUGGGUACGAUAUAUGACCAAAGCCGGCAACUAUCAAGUCAGGUUCUAA